GCUCUCAAAAUUCUCAUUACCUCUUCUCUCGCUUUUGCCUAGCUUUUCGUUCCUUCGUUUUCCUCUUUCUCUUGUUCUUCCCUCUCUAAAUCAUCACCCAUAACUGAGGGAGGGAAGAACGUACAAAUCCUUUUAAAACUGAGUAUAUAAUUGGUUAUUAUAUAUCAAAUUAAGCAGUUAAAGAGAAGAGUGAAAGGGAGAAAAUCUCUACUUUGAAAAUGUCGGUGUCUAAACUUUUCUUCGGAGCUCUUACAAUCGUAUGGAUAGUUUUCUCCAUUUUUUUCCCAAUGGCACAGGCUCAGUCCGCAGCUCCUGCACCGGCUCCGACAAGCGAUGGAACAACAAUAGACCAAGGCAUAGCAUACGUCCUUAUGUUGGUGGCUUUGGUCCUCACUUAUUACAUCCAUUAAUCCUUUUGUCAUUUUAAUUUUGGUCUCUAUUUAGUUUAAUUAUAUUUUCUCAUUUUGAUUAUAAUUAAAUGGAGACCAUAAAAGUUAUGUGGUAGAGAAAUUAACGAGGUUUUCUAAUAUUUGGAGUGACAAUUUUGAAGUUCAUUUGUAUAACGUCGAUGUGCGUCAACUGUUGGAAAUAUAUUUCAUCACUUUACAUCU